AUGAUCAAGCUGAAGCCUGCCUUGCUGCAGCGCGGAUUUGUCGAAGAGCAGACUGCGCCUCUGCAGAGUGCAUCGAAAAAUGAGACGGCGAAGAAAUUUCGCGAUUGGCUCCAGGCACUAUCGCCCCGAACUCUGGUCGUCUAUUCCGACGGGUCCCGUUCUACCGAAGGCCACGCCGGAUAUGGCUAUGUUGUUCAUCGGGACGGAUCCACCGUCUUGCGCGACAAGGGCCGUCUCGGGCCCGCCGAGAUUUUCGACGCUGAGGCGAAAGGUGCGUUGGAGGGGUUGAAGGCUGCGGUGAGCCUUCCAGAAACUGACCGCAUCUUUGUCUGCCUCGACAACCUCGCGACCGCAACAUGCUUACGGGGCACGCCGAGCGACUCCUCGCAAGAGGUCUUCCUUGAGUUUCAAUCUUUGGCGCGAAAAUACGGAGCUGUGGAGGUCCAUUGGAUCCCCGGCCAUGCUGACAUCCCAGGCAACGAGGAGGCUGAUGCUCUGGCAAAGGCGGGAGCAUCACUGCCAGAACCCGCUGAUAACGUCCCGACGCUAGCGCACCUGCGAAAGAUUGCCCGACAGCAGCCGGAAGAGGCUUUCAAGGCCUGGUGGGAAGCCUCUGCGCCGGAGCGAUACAGAGACCUGAGGCUUAAAGCCACAACCAGCUGCCCCAAGAACCCACCAUGGGGAUUUUGCUGA